GUUUGGCAUACCAUACUCCAAACGGUGUGAGUGUGAUGCUGCACAGCUCUGCAACAAUUCAACAUGUUCGAACUGUAAGUUGUGUGGUUAAGAAGCUCUACGAGUGGGGAAAAUGAGAGUUCCAACCUUGGUUAACAAUUGCAGAGCACUUGAUGAAAAACUUGUUGGUGACUUGGAGCAUGGGGUCAAAGGAAAGUAGCUAGAUUCAUAUCAUCAUCCUGACGCUGCUGCCUGGUCUAACCCUUACCCAGUUUCAGUUAGAGUUGCUGAGAGAUGCAGCUACAAUGACAUUUCUGAGGAGGCUGUCCAAGUUUGUGAACAACCCAUUCUCAUUACCAUAUAAGAAUCAAAAGCUGAGUGGUAGAUGGGACCGGCGAAACAUCUUCAGCUUCAAAGGCUAUCGAUUUUCAGACUCAUUUGGAGCAAGAUUAUUUGGAUUCACUUCCACACCUGUAACAGCACCUUACUUCACACAGACAAACAAAAGUUGUGCUGCUCGUUUUUCAAGUUCCAAGCACAGUGAAGAUGGGAUCCCAGCCACAACUCCCCCUGGCCGCAGGAAGAGCGCCAAAAGCUCAGCAGACCUAAUCAUGCAGCACACACAAGCCACGAGAGAUCACCUGACUCCAGAGAUAGCACUGAGGCUGAUUACAAGAGAAUGCCCCUUGUGGCAUGAGACCACUGACCAGUGCCCAUUUAUUGACCCUUUCUGGGCCUUCUACUGGCCUGGUGGACAAGCUCUUACAAGGUUUAUUCUGGAUCAUCCAGAGUUGGUCGAAGGUAGAUCUGUAUUAGAUGUAGGAUCCGGGUGUGGUGCUUCAGCCAUAGCAGCAUCUAUGAGGGGUGCUAGUAGAGUACUUGCUAAUGAUAUUGAUCCCGUUGCAAUUCAAGCUAUGAAACUUAAUGCUGUUCUCAAUGGUAUUACUAUGGACACAACUGCUGAGAACUUGAUACAUCAACCUUGCCAAGAAAACAACCAAUGGGAUCUAGUGUUACUUGGGGACAUGUUUUACGACAGAGACUUCACCAACCUGGUUGCUGAUUGGUUGAUUUCGUUGAUCAGGAAACACAAGAGCAGAAUUUUGAUUGGUGACCCAGGUCGGGUGUAUUUGAGAGACCAUCCGAUGAGAGAAAACCUUAUCAAGCUGUUUGAGAUUAGUCUACCUUCCAGUUGUGUUGAGGAGAAUAGGGGUCAUAGUUCUGGCUAUGUAUGGGAGUUUGUCUUAUUUUAGUUAAUCAUUUGUAAAGGCCUUGUUGAGUACAGGGUCUGAUGCAGAACAAAUAUACUUGCAAAAUGCAAUGAACAUUGAGCAUAGCAAGAUGGUAUAUUGCAUCUUUAUAGAAGCCAGUCUGAAGCCAAUGCCAACAUUCCGAUGAUGGCUUGUUUUGAUUGUUUAAUUGUUGUAAAAGAUGAACUUGAUUUUAUGCUGCAGUGAGAGAUGAAUAUUUAUGUAUUUAUCUUGCCGACGAGAUUCAAAAGGCUGUAUGGAUAGCUUGUGGGUAUGUAGUCUACAUCAGACAUUUCAGAUAAUCGUCAGUUAUAUAUAUCGUCAGUUGAGAACCAGAAGGGUGCUAUUACAUUUACUUUGUAUAGCAAUAUUAGCACUGUUCUUGUUCUCAAUGGAAUAUCUUCAAAGCUGCAAUAACACCCUACUAGCUCUCAACUGAUGGUAUUUUAGUCUGAAAGAAAAUAUUUUGUAACUUAAUCAAACUAUGCACAAUCUUUUAGCAAAUCGAUAUAUGUUUACUGGGGGAAAACACUGUUUAUAACUCUGUCUUACUCUUAGCUGAUGACUGUUUAAACAAUUUUCAUUAUUUUUGUUACUGGCAUACAAUUAUUGUCCUGGUAUACAUUACUCUUGUACUCUGAUUAUGGGGAGAAAGAAAAUCAGCAACUAAAAUUGUAUUUAUUUUUGUAAAGGUUAUAUUGUUUAACUAAAACCUGAAUUAUAAGUGACUUCAUGUAGUAAAUUACAUUACAGCUCACUUGUUAACAUCUUGGUUUCUUAAAAUCAUCUGACAAUAAUGAGAUUUUGUUGGUUUUCAUUCAAUUUCAAUGAAAAAUUAUCACUUUUCAAUUUAUUUAAUAUAACUUUAUUUUGACAAAUGUUUUUUUUUUCUUUAAACAUGGGAAAGAAGCCCAUUCAGUGUAAACUAAGAUUUUAUAAUUGUCGGGAUUCCAAAAUUUUAGCAAAGAUCUAGACCUUGUCAUUGGGUCAUUAAAUAUGAGCUCAGAAUACAACUCUGUGUCGUUAAUUAUAAAUGGUAAAUGGUGAUGAUUUUUUACCUGAUUGAUAAGAAAGCAUGAAUGCUUGUAAGCAAGCAACCAGAGGACGGAAGGCUUAAUGUCCUCUCCGAGGGACCUGGUAAUGAAGAUUAUUGUCUUAACAAGAGGCACUAGCACACCAAUUGGGAGUCGAACUCGGGUCACCGUAAUCCGAAACCUCCGCUCUACUGACUGAGCUAUCAGACCUCCUAAUCUAAGCAGUCUCAAGGCUUUUUGUAAGAUAUUUGAAAUCAAUUGCAAAUUUCUGCUGGAAUCUAUACAGUUGAGAAAUCAAAUCAAUUUUUGCUGUAGCAAAUCACUUUGACCCCCUUGUUAGUAGAAACAGAUCAGUAACAUAUUGCAAAAUUGAGAAUAAAUUGCGAGACAUAUGAUUGACCUAGGGACUCCAAACAGAUUUGCAAUUGACCAGUAUUUUCUAGCAAUGCCCAUUCAGAUAAAAAAUGUCAAGAAAUUGAAAGAAACAAUGCUUCAUCCUUCUUGGUGCUGGUAUUGACGUAGGUAUAAGGAUGAAAAGGAGUUUAUUUAUGCUUAUGCUGAUGUGUGCUUUAGUACAGGAAGAGGUUUUUUUACGAUUAUUGUCUUGUCUUAUGUGGGGGUUUUUUUCCUAGCUCUUUCUUUGGAAGGCCAAAAUUCAACUGUGCAAUAAAAAGUUUACUGUUAUCAGGAAGGCAGUUCCAUAAAAUACAUGUACGUAUGACAGAUCCCCUUAAUAUUGGGUCUUCAUGAAUUUUUUUAUCUCUGUUUCCUCGUUCAUAUGAGAGGCAGUAAUGUCCUUCAACCAUGGCUAGAGCAACCCAUUAAGUGAGGUGAGAAUGGAGCAGAAUGGGAGCCGGACAUACAAAUGUGCUGAUUAUUUUAUGGAAUUGCCCAGUAAGAGGAGGAAUGAUAUUACCUUGAUUUGUAUUAUCAUGGCGAUAUGAUGAUGUGAAGGUGUCAUUUUUCUGUAAUUUUUUAAAGAAAAAAAAACGUUGCUCAGAGAAGUGCUAGAUACUAAACAAUCAUAAAUUUGAAUUGUAAAUGUUAAAACAAAAUCAAGAUUCAUUGGAUUCUGCUACACUUAUGUAUAAUUGUAAAUUUGGGUGAUACACAUAAACCCUUUAUGAAAAGUUUAACCAGGUUUUAACUUCCAGUAUUUGUUAUAGCUGUUUAUUUAUCUCUUUUGUUUAUGUAUUUUUUACAGUUUUUAUUCAUGCUAUUUAUUUAUUUUUAUUCCUUUCUUUACUUAAUUGUUAUUAUUUUGGAAGACAGGGGUCAUGCAUGCACUAAACAAUAUAGAUGAGUGCCCAUGCUCUUGACACAAAGUCUAGAUUUCAAGGGAACAAACAUACCUUUACAGAAUUCAAACAUUUACAAUAAUGGUAACCAAAGUGUGUUGAUUUGUUGAAUUUCGAAAGUUCUUGUUUUUUUUAGAACAUAUAUUUGUACUCAAAUACUCAAGUCAGUACCAUGAAAUACAAAGAAGAUUGUAACGUAUUGUAUUCUGUUGGUUGGGUUUUUACCAUUAAAUUCCUUUUUGGAUUUAUUUUAUCUGGAUAUUGAUGCAUCACAAGCAGUGGCACUAGAUUCUUUUGGCAAACAUGCUUGAAACUUGUUCCCCCCCCCCCCCAGUUUUGUCUGCUAAAAGUAUUCUUGGACCACUGAUCAAUAUAUAUUUUGAUACUAUUUUGAUUAAUAAAAUGAAAAUCUAGUCAGA